AUGAGCGACGAGAACCGCCGGGUCCUGGAUUGGAUCGCGAACUUGAUGAACCCUAACACGCGCGAGACGGCAUUGCUGGAAUUGAGCAAGAAGAGAGAACAAGUCCCAGAAUUGGCCUUGAUCCUCUGGCACUCUUUCGGUGUGAUGACUUCGCUCAUGCAAGAGAUCAUUUCUGUGUACCCUCUUUUGAAUCCUUCGCAACUCACUGCUGCGGCAUCGAACCGAGUUUGCAAUGCGCUGGCUCUUCUUCAAUGUGUUGCAUCCCACACGGACACUCGGCAACUCUUCCUGAAUGCUCACAUCCCACUAUUCCUUUACCCAUUCCUCAACACCACCUCGAAAUCUCGACCGUUCGAAUACCUACGACUUACCUCCCUUGGCGUCAUCGGUGCUUUGGUCAAGAACGACUCGUCAGAGGUGAUCAAUUUCCUCCUCACCACCGAAAUCAUUCCUCUUUGCCUUCGAAUCAUGGAGACAGGAUCCGAAUUGAGCAAAACUGUGGCGAUCUUUAUCGUCCAGAAGAUCCUCCUUGAUGACAUUGGCCUUGCGUACAUCUGCCAGACAUACGAGCGCUUCUACGCGGUUGGCACGGUUCUGAGCAACAUGGUCCAGCAGCUGGUGGACCAGCAGACUGUGAGGCUGUUGAAGCACGUUGUCCGUUGCUUCCUCCGCCUGAGCGACAAUGCUCGUGCACGAGAGGCUCUCCGUCAAUGCCUCCCAGAACCGCUCCGUGACGCUACCUUCUCCGCCGUAUUGCGAGACGACGCGGCUACCAAGAGAUGCUUGGCCCAGCUCCUUAUCAACCUCUCCGACAACGUCGACCACCCCGGGCCUCCGCUUCUUUCGCAACAUCAGUGA